AUCAUGCGCAGGGUUGGUGUUGGUGCUAUCAAAGACAGAUACGGCUUCCAAGAUAGAUUUAGGGUUAAGGGUGAAGAGUUAGUUCAAGUCCAAUUAGCUAACCUUACUCGUCAAUUUGAUAUCGUCAAAUCUGCUCUCGAAGGGUUUGCAGCCAAACACCGGACAAAAAUACAGAACAAUGCUGGGUUUAGACGUCAAUUUCAGGAGCUAUGUGCAACAAUAGGAGUAGAUCCAUUAGCGUAUAGUCGAGGAUUGUGGUCAGAAAUUUUAGGCUUGGGAGAAUUUUAUUAUCAUUUGGCAGUCAGGAUAAUUGAGGCAAGUAAUAGAAGUUAUAUGGUCUGUAUGGCCAUGGAAAAACGAACGGGUGGAAUUAUACCAUUAGAAGAUUUGGUCUCCAGACUAAACAAACAGAAAAGCUCUCACUCUUCGGAAGUUUCACAAGAUGAUGUCACCAGCGCUAUUAAAAAGAUAGGCUGUUUCGGCAAUGGAUUUACGCUCCUAAAGCUUGAAUGUGGACAAAUAUUAGUUCAAUCAGUCCCUGGGGAAAUAACUAUGGACCAGACGAUGCUUUUAAACCUUGCCGGGGCAUCGCAAGGUCGUCUCGCUCCCUCAGAAUGCAUUAAAAAGUGC